AUGGUCGGCCUUGUUUCGGCCGCCGGUCUAGUCGGUUUCCUCUCAGAGCCAGACCCCGAGCUUAAGGUCUUUGCCUUGAAGUCAUUAGAUUCCCAGAUCGACCUGCUGUGGACAGAAGUUGUGAACGCGGUUCCCGAGAUUGAGGCUCUUUACGAAGAUGAAUCUUUCCCAGAACGUGGACUGGCUGCUUUAGUUGCCUCGAAGGUAUACUAUCAUCUGCAGGAAUAUAAUGAGAGCAUGGUCCUCGCUCUUGGCGCGGGAAAGCUGUUCCAGCUCGACAACGGUGGCGAGUACGAGGAGACCAUUAUUGCGAAAUGCGUGGAUACCUUCAUCUCUCUAUCCGCUUCCCAGAAACCUGCCGCUGGUGACCCGGCCGCCAAUCUGAACACCUCCUUCUCAGCAUUCGGCGAUGGCGCCACCAGCACAUCAGCAAGCCUGACCUCUCCGAUCACACCAUUCUCCAAAUCUGCGCUGCCCUCGAAGUCCCUGCUCUCGCGCCAGGAGGUUCCCGGCAUCGACGCUGUGCACCCCGGCGGUGAGGACCAGAGUGUUCAGCACCACAAUGAGACUCCACUCGUCCUGAAGCGUGGUGUUCAGGGUCAACUACAAACCGUGAUUGAGCGACUGUUCGAAGAGUGUUUCCGUCAAAAGCGUUACCGUCAAGUUAUCGGUAUUGCGAUUGAGGCGAAGAGCUUGGAUGUUCUCCGUCUGGCUAUCCUUCGCGCCAGUGCGGACGAGAAGAAGCAGUCGGGUGAAUCUCAUGGUAGCGAGGAGCUUAUGGAGUACGUUCUGGACAUCUGCAUGGGCAUUGUCCAAGAGCGAGGCUUCCGCAACGAGAUCCUUAAGCUCAUUCUCGAGCUCCUUAACGAGAUACCCGCCCCCGACUAUUUCUCGAUCGCCAAAUGUGUUGUCUACCUUAAUGAACACUCGAUGGCCUCAAAUAUUCUCCGUCAACUCGUUGAAAAGGGCGACCCGCGAUCCCUUGCCGUCGCAUACCAAAUCUCCUUCGACCUUUAUGAUAACAGCACCCAGGAGUUCCUCCAGAAGGUUCGUGAGGAGAUUUCCGAGCUGGUGCCCGAGAACGACACAGAGAAGACCGAGCAAGAAGAGCCUAAGGAGUCGGAUGCGUUGCUUGAGGACCAAUCGAGCUCAACUCGUCCGGAGGACAAGGUUUCAGAUGAGUCGACUUCCGCGUUCAAGAACAUUAUCUCAAUCCUGGAUGGUAUCAAAUCCAUUCAGCUCAACCUGGAGUUCCUCUACCGGAGUAAUCAGGUCGACAUGGCUGUUUUGAAUAAGGUGCGUGACAGCCUCGAGGCCCGCAAUUCCAUAUUCCAUACCGCCGUCACUCUGUGCAACGCUUUCAUGCACGCCGGAACCACUCACGACAAGUUCUUCCGUGAGAACCUGGAGUGGCUCGGCAAGGCUGUCAACUGGUCCAAGUUUACGGCCACCGCUGCCUUGGGUGUCAUUCACCGUGGCAACCUCAGCCAGGGUCAAAAGCUCCUGCAGCCCUACCUGCCCAAGGAGCAUAUUGCUGGGGUUGGUGGCUCGGGCUCCGUUUACAGCCAGGGUGGCUCUCUGUAUGCCUACGGUUUGAUCUUCGCCAACCACGGUGGUAUGGCUGUCGAUCUCAUCCGUGACCACUUCAAGAAGGCCACUGAAGAGGUUGUGCAGCACGGCGGUGCUCUGGGUCUGGGUGUUGCUGGUAUGGCCACAGGCGACGAGGGCAUAUACGAGGACCUCCGCAACGUUCUUUACACGGACUCCGCUCUCAACGGUGAGGCCGUUGGUCUUGCCAUGGGUCUCGUCAUGCUGGGCACCGGCAACAUGAAGGCGCUGGAGGACAUGAUCCAAUAUGCCCAUGACACUCAACACGAGAAGAUCGUUCGUGGCCUUGCCAUGGGUAUGGCUUUGAUCAUGUACGGCCGCCAGGAGGCUGCCGAUGAGCUGAUCAACGGUCUCCUCGGUGACCCUGACCCGACUCUCCGCUACGGCGGUAUCAUGACGAUUGCUCUGGCCUAUUGUGGUAGCAGCAGCAACAAGGCUGUUCGCAAGCUUCUUCACGUUGCCGUCAGUGAUGUCAAUGAUGAUGUUCGCCGUGUUGCCGUGUUGAGCUUGGGCUUCAUCCUGUUCCGCAAGCACAAGAGCGUUCCCCGUAUGGUGGAGUUGCUCUCGGAAUCCUACAACCCUCACGUCCGGUACGGUGCCGCCAUGGCUCUCGGUAUCUCUUGUGCCGGCACUGGGCUGGAUGAGGCUAUCGAUCUUCUGGAGCCCAUGCUCAAGGACUCGACCGACUUUGUCCGUCAGGGAGCCCUAAUCUCGCUGGCCAUGGUUCUCGUUCAGCAGAACGAGGCCAUGAACCCCCGCAUCACCAGCCUUCGUAAGGCUAUGAUGAAGAUGCUCGGUGACCGCCACGAGGAUGCCAUGGCCAAGUUCGGUUGUGCCGUGGCUCUCGGAAUCAUCGAUGCUGGUGGCCGCAACUGCACCAUCAGCCUGCAGACACAGACCGGCAACCUGAACAUGCCCGGUAUUGUCGGUGCUGCAGUCUUCUGCCAGUACUGGUACUGGUUCCCUCUUACCCACUUCCUCUCUCUCAGCUUUGCCCCGACUUCCGUGAUCGGCGUCGACCAGAAGCUGGAGGUCCCGGAGUUCAAGUUCCACAGCAACACCCGCCCCAGUCUUUUCGACUAUCCUCCCAUGCAAGAGGUCAAGACCGAGGAGGCUCCCGAGAAGGUGAAGACUGCGGUGCUUUCUACGACCGCCCAGGCCAAGCGCCGUGCCCAGCGUCGUGAGAAGCAAGCACGACGUGAGAGCAUGGACAUCGACCAGACGCCCACUACGCCGAAGGUCUCUGACCAACUACCGGAGAAGAUGGAGACCGAUGACAAGGUGGAGGGCGAGGAGGGCAAGGAUGGUGAGAAGGGUGCCCUCGAAGCCCAAAAGAAGAAGGUGGAGCGGGAGAAGGUUGGUUACGAGCUGGACAACAUGUCCCGGGUACUGCCCGCCCAGCUCAAGUACCUGACGUUCCCUGACCCGCGGUACGAGCCUGUUAAGAGGCCUACUGGUGGUGUCGUGGUUGUUCUCGACAAGCAGCCUGAGGAGCCUCGUGAGACUAUCGAGCUCAAGGCCAGCAAGGAAGCUCCUGCCCCGACCGAGACUCUUCAGGAUCGCCUUCAGGCUGCUAUCGGUACUGCUGCACUGCAGACCCCUCAACGGGCCGAUGCUCGCGCCAUGAUGUCUUCUACCCCCGUUGGUGCUGCGGCUGCUGCGGGCGUGCUGACCGCCGUCGACGAAGACGAGGAAGGCGCGGAGGAUGCGCCAGUGCCUGAAGAAUUCACCUACGAGACGGAAGGUGAAGAUGAGUAG